UCUAGCGUCAGCUGUUUUUUGAUGUGUAUGCAUAAUCAAAAUAAAAGAAAGAAAAAAUAACAAAAUUAAGAAUACGCAUUUAAUACAAUGAAGUUACUGUGAAAAAUCUUUGAAAUAUUACUCUAAAACACGAAACAUACUAAAUUUUUGUUUUUCGUGUGCUAGCCAACACGGAACUUCAAAAUGUGCAGCCUAGAGGGAGAGGAGAAACAUUUGGCCUCAAUGGCAUUAGCAGUCUCCUAUGGCAAUGCACAGGUGUCAUUCUUCGACAUAAGUUGGCAAGAUGUGCUGAUACCUAUGGUUGCGGAAUUUCUUACACUCAAGGACCUAUUUAAUUUGCGUUGCUGUUCGAAAACUGCCAAACGCUUCGCUGAAGCUGCAUUUGAACGGCGCAAAGACAUUAACUUGGCUGGUAAUAAUAGCCAUAAUGUUGAGUUAGCAUUCGCCGUGCUCGGCAAAUGCUGUCGUCGUGUAGAGAACUUGCACUUAGCACGUUGCCAUUGGUUAACAGAUGAGUACUUAUUACCGUUAUUAGCUGAAAACCGACGUUUGCGCGUAGUCAACUUGAAUGAAUGUGUGAAUAUAACGCCACUGGCUUUGCAGCCGAUCAUUAUAGAAUGCAAGGAGUUGCGCAUUUUGAAACUCUCUAAAUGCCAGUGGUUAACAACGGGCGCUGUAGAUGCGCUGACUUUACACCAUAGUAAUUUGGUGGAAUUCGACAUUUCAUAUUGUACAGCAAUUGGAGAGCGUUGUUUAAUAAUAUUUUUUAGGAAGUUAAACAAAUUAAAUGUAUUAUCAUUAGCCAAUACACCCAGCGUGACGGAUCAGGUGUUGAUACAGAUUGCCAACUACUGCCGCAGUUUGGAGCAUAUUAAUUUAGUGGGAUGCGCUGCCAUUUCCGAUUAUGGCAUACACGCUCUAACAACAAAGUGUCAGCAACUCCAAUCGUUGAUGGUGCAUCGAUGUCCGAAUGUGACUGAACGAGUAUUGGCGCCUCUACGUGGUCGUCUCUUCAUUGAUCGACCGCAACUGGGCUAUAACAUACCGGCAUUGCAGGGGCAUAUUAAUUGCCUUUACUUGCAGGUUUAACCUAAAUGAUUAAUUUAUUACUAAAUUAUUUAUAUAUAAAUGUGGGUGAUUCUCUUUACAAAACAAUUUAAGCUAGCUUUAAUUGUAUUAGUUUAUUUACAAUACCGAUCAAUAUAAUUAAAUACUAUUAAAAAAAUAGUUGUGCUUAUGUUUUAAUUCACAAUAGUUUCUCGAUACACUCACGAUAUGAUUGGACUAUUUGACUUAAAAAAUUAUGUACACUUUAAUAUUGAUAGUCAA